AUGAACUCAAUUCAUCUUGCAGCUCAUCAGAGAUCUGCAACUCUACACCAGCAACCUCACCCAAAAAGUGCCCAAGAAGCAACGGAGAUGGCCGUUUAUUGCGACAAUUUCAGCAUGUAUCACCAUCAGAAUCUGCACACUUCUCAGAGGGCACCCAAUUACGGUAUAGGGGAUUAUACACCAUCAACAAACCCCUAUUUGUGGCUCGGUGGGCCUGGAGUAAACAGUUCACCAAGUUACCUUCAUGGCAACAACUCAGCUUCUUACAUGCCGCCAUCAUAUGGAUCCCAGAGACAAUUCCUGCCAAAUUCAUCAGGUUUUGGAGGGACGGACCUUGGAUGGUUGUCCAUAGCCUCCCAGGAAGAACUGCUGAAGCUUGUGAGGCCACCGUAUUCCUACUCAGCUCUUAUCGCCAUGGCCAUUCAAAAUGCCCCGGAAAAGAAACUCACCCUCAGCCAGAUCUACCAGUAUGUGGCCGACAACUUUCCCUUCUACAAAAAGAGCAAAGCGGGAUGGCAGAAUUCCAUCCGGCAUAACCUGUCCCUUAAUGACUGCUUCAAGAAAGUUCCAAGAGAUGAGGAUGACCCAGGAAAAGGAAAUUAUUGGACUCUAGACCCCAACUGCGAGAAGAUGUUUGACAAUGGAAACUUUCGCAGGAAGAGAAAGCGCAGAUCAGAAUCCAGCAAUGUUGAAGCUGUCACGGGUAAAGGUGAAGAAGGUCACUCUGCUUUAGGGGGGAAAGAUGGAGGAAGUUCAUCUAUGCUGACCCCUUCAUCCCCUGAGAUGGAAUUGACCGCAGAUGAUAGGAAAAGCACCUCUCCUCCAGCCAUCACCUCUACCCCUUGCUUGAAUAACUUUUUUAGUAGCAUGACCUCCUUGGACUCUACCUCUGUGAACAGACAGAUGUCUCUGGGGCUGGUGAAUGAACUCUCACAGAGGAACAUUACUGGUUUAAGCAGUUUCACCUCAGGCUCUGUGGUGGAGCCAUCUGCAGAUAUACAGGACAGCUUGCACCUCAGCCGAGCCCCCUACUACAACACUUUCGCCAGCUCCACCAAUCAGAGUAACCAGUUCAACAGCCAUUUCUACAACACCUUCAGUGUCAACAGCCUGAUAUACACAAGGGAAGGGAGCGAAGUCUAA